CCCUGCGGUCCUCUGCUGCUGCCACGAUUACUACGGCGCUACCCCAAUUCCCAACACAUCUAGGGCUGGAACUGAUAACCACGCGCCAUAAUAUCUGCUGUGCUCUGCUGGUUCCAAUCCGAUCCGAGGUCAGGUGAGAAUCGGAAGUCCCUGAGACGGGACGGCCCCGGCCGGCGGGUUAUUAAUUGGCCGGGCGCACGGGCGUUUUGGCAAAGCGCGCGGCGAGCCUACUCGUCACGGACGCACGGGCGCCCGCGACUUCCUGCCUUCCCGGAGAUACAUAGAGUGAACGCGCCCCUCCGCUCCGCUACGCCCACGUAUAAAACGCGCGUCAACCCCCCUCGGAAUAACUAUACGCCCGCCCGCGCGCGCUUCAGCUCCUCGGCCGAUCGCUUCGGUCGUUUCUGCGAGCUAUCCAAUUCCAUCCGAUCCCGUUACCCAUCCAAUGAUGCUGCUGUCCGGCCCCUACUCCGCCGAGAAAUUCAGCCCCCCGAUCCCCGGCCUCCGCUCCCUGCUCGUCGUGCCGGAUGGCGCCCCCGGCGUCGUUACGCGGGCGGUCGUGGCGUUGGCGUCCCCACGCUGUCGCGGUGGUGAGGACGUCCACGGAAGCCGCGACGUGGCGAGCAUUAACGACGAGGAGAAGAACAUGAAAGCAAAGGAGGAGGAGGAGGAGGAGAACAUACACAUGGAUGAUGAGGAGGGGUGCUGGGUAUCGUACGGACGGCGGUGCCCGAGGCACUGGCUGCCCCCGCCCAUCCCGUCGCUGGUUGCGCGGGGCGCGCUGAGGCGGACACGCACCGACGACGGGAGGCUCGUGAUCAGGAUGGUGCCCGUCGUGCGUCCGGGGUGCAUCCGCGCCUGGUGCCGCGCAGGCCGCCUUACCAUGCAGUUCGUCGAGCGCGAGGACGAAUCUGCGUUCACCGCGACUCCGCUUCCAGCACCGAUCAGUGCGCGGGAAGAUGACACGACCCUGCAGGUGGACGAUGACAGGGCAGCGACGGCCGUAGGAGAAGGCGUUGACGACGGCACAGCUGCGCCGGUCAUAGGAGAAGACGUUGACGACGUGCAGGAGGAAGUGGCGGCAACGGAGGUGCUGCCGGCGGUGCCUCCGCCGCGGAUGCCCUCCGUGGGAUGCUUCGAGGAUGUGUUCAACUGCAGCUCGAUCGCUAGCAGCUCGCUGCACCAGAUCCCUAGCUUAAGGAUGGUGCAUUGAGCCAUUGAGACCGAUCGAGGAUAGGAAAUUUUGUAGCUCCGUGUAUAUAUGGUGCAUUGUAAAUAACACAUGCCCUAGUCGUAGGAAGAGAGUAAGUUUAAUAAGUUCAAUGUAUUUUCCUUGCC